AUGCAUAUGGACUUGUUCCUGGCGUAUCCGAUGAAAAGGAAGAAGAAGAAGCUGAAGAAGCGUCAGCAAGCGGCCCAGCCACGCCAUGCCAACUUUCCCCGCCCCUGGGAUCGCGACUCGUCUAAACUCCUAGAAUGGCAAUGGAUUCUUCCAUCUCCAGCCCCGCGCAUGAUGACCUGCUGGCAGGCUUAUAUUGAAGGCGUCGAUGUGCUGUAUCGGACCAAUAAAAUGCACAUCAACGGAAUGAAACUGUUUGAUCACCUACCACGGCUUCUGCUGCCACAGCGUCUUGCGGCGAUAAAGUCCGCGGAGCUGGUCUGGGACAUAUAUCCGCGGGUUCGAUCCCUGCUCACAUUCCACGAUGUGCCUUACCCCAACCUAAGGCCAUAA